AAGAGAGCGAGGAGAAACGUGACGUCACGUGAUUGCGUUCUACUCCCAAGCUGUCGGUGGGUGAAGACAUUUCUGAUUUAGUCGAAUAUAGAAUUUUUCGGUCUCUCGAUUAAUUUAACAAGCGCCUAUUAUUGUGUUUCGUGAAGAACAUCGUCAUAGAAUGAAAUUGACAGACGUUGCAUAGUAACAGCAUUGCUGGUUUGUGGGGGAAACAAAAGGAGUUUUAAUUUCCAAGGCAAUUGGGUUUGGAUCAUAUUUCUUUUCGACUGGAGGGACAGAUCCAAUCGUAAUGGCAGAAAACAAUUUCCCUCCCCUGCCUCGCUUCAUCCCUCUGAAGCCAUGUUUCUAUCAGGAUUUUAACGAGAUCCCAGAUGUACACCGUUCCAUGUGCAAGAAGCUGUACUACCUAUGGAUCUUUAACAGUGCCACCUUGGCGGUCAAUCUGAUUGGCUGCCUGGCGUGGAUGUGCGGCGGGGGCGGAGCCACUAACUUUGGCAUGGCCAUUCUGUGGCUCAUCCUGUUCACCCCCUGUUCCUACGUGUGCUGGUUCAGACCCAUCUACAAGGCCUUCAAGACUGACAGCUCGUUCAACUUCAUGGCGUUCUUCUUCGUGUUCAUGGCCCAGGUGGUGAUCAGCAUCAUUCAGUGUAUAGGCAUCCCAGGCUGGGGCGUCUGUGGCUGGCUGGCUACCAUCACCUUCUUUAGCACCAAUAUAGGCUCUGCUGUUGUCAUGCUGAUCCCCACCAUCAUGUUCACUGCCAUGGCUGUCCUCUCCUUCACCGGGCUCACCAAGGUGCACAACAUGUACCGUGGCACUGGGGGCAGUAUGAGUAAAGCCCAGGAGGAGUGGACCACCGGGGCCUGGAAGAACCCUCACGUCCAGCAGGCAGCGCAGCAGGCUGCUGUGGGGGUGGCGCAGGGAGCCAUGCAGCAGCAACAACCCCAGUACUCACAGGCACCCACCUACAACUACGACGACCCGGGCAUGUAGGGCAGGGUGGAGGAGAGUGUCAAGGUGGGAGAUGGGGGAGUGUGACAGAGGGGGGGUGAGAUAUAGCCAGGGUGGA